AUGGCACCUGUCAAAGUACUUCCUCUCCUAGGCGCGACGCUCUGCGUCCUCGGCAAGACAGCUCCGGGCGAAGGUGCACAACCCGGGCCCAACGCCACGUAUACAGUAAAGCUUGGGUCGGAGGGCGCAUGCCUCUCCGAGAUAAACAAUGUACGCGAGGCAGCAGGGUUAAGCAAAUUCGUGCAGGCUUCAGAGCCUGACAAAAAGAUUCCUGCAUAUGAUGACGAUGGAAAACAGACGUGGGAAUCCUUCUGUAAGGAUGUACUGCGGGCGGGAAAGAAUGGAUCGAAGGCAUCGAUAUCUGGCGAUGAUGAUGGUGACGGUGCUAUGCACAGCAUGAUGGUCAUUGAGUCCGAGAAGGUAAACUGCCAAUCUGUUGUGGAUCGCUGGAAAGAAGCAUACAAGGGCUUUAGCGGGAUGCCACCCGCACCUGUCCAGUCCUCUGGGCUGUACGAACGCCCGGACAUUGUUAUGUUCGUAUCUUUAUUCACCCCUUCGUCUGCCGCUACUGCAGACUGCAGGGUCGUGACCUGUACUGAGACGACUACGUUGACUGAUCCGAAGCAAAAUUCGGAAACAAGGGGCUAUGCGUUCUUCUGCAAGACGGUGCCAAAUGCUUUGGGUGAAGGAGGAACUCCUCCGUUCACGAAAGAGCAGUGGGAGAAGAUUGCUUCAAUUCUUAAGGCCUCAUCCCCUGCUGUCGUGCCGAGCUUUUCCUUUGUUCUGUUGGCAGCAGUGGGCGGGGUUCUUCUCUAG